AUGAACGCGCUGCACCUCGACGCUGCCGGGGAAGUUGAUGCGGAGAGGGCCUUCUUCGUCGCGGAUCUCAGCAGUGUCUACAAGCAGCACCAGCGAUGGAAGAAGCUUCUUCCCGAAAUUGAACCGUUCUAUGCGGUGAAAUGCAACCCCGACCCCUACGUGCUGCGGCUCCUGGCUGCCCUCGGUGCGGGCUUUGACUGCGCGUCGAACGGGGAGAUCAAACAGGUCACUGAGCUCGGUAUCAACCCGGAGCGCAUCAUCUUCGCCAACCCUUGCAAGGCUACGUCGUUCAUCCGUAGCUCGGCCAAGGCGGGCGUCGACAUGAUGACGUUCGACAACACCGACGAGCUCUACAAGAUCGCGCGCACUCAUCCGGGUGCGAAGCUCAUCGUGCGCAUUCUCACGGACGAUUCGAAGAGCCUGUGCCGCCUCGGCCUCAAGUUCGGCGCCCCGCUUGUCACCGUCCCAGCGCUGCUCGCGAAGGCGCGUGAACUGAAGCUCGAUGUCAUCGGCGUCAGCUUCCACGUCGGAAGCGGGUGCUACGACCCGAACGCGUUCUCCGACGCCAUUAUGCGCGCUCGUGCCGCCUUCGACAUGGGCAAGGCCGCUGGCUACGAGUUCAACCUGCUCGAUGUCGGUGGCGGCUUCGAGGACGGGACGUUCGACCGGACGGCCGCUGUUCUCACCGAGGCUAUCGACGACUACUUCCCCCAGCGUGACCACAUCCGGAUCAUCGCUGAGCCGGGGCGGUACUACGUCGCGAAGGCGUUCAGCCUGGCCGCCAACAUCGUCGCGCGUCGCGCUCCGCCGGCCGUUGAGAACGCCCCACAGGAGCUCGAGGUGGACCCGGAGCAACCGAGCGUCAUGUACUACAUCAACGACGGGGUAUACGGCGCGUUCAACUGCAUCAUGUUCGACCACCAGACGCCGCAGCCGUACGUGCUCUCGCUCAACGGGUCGUUCCACGUGCCCGCGUCGGUGCCGCUGCGCGCGAGCAGCGUGUGGGGUCCGACGUGCGACUCGCUGGACUGCGUGUGCCCGGUGACCCAUCUGCCUGCGCUCCAGGUCGGGGACUGGCUCGGGUUCGAGAACAUGGGCGCGUACACGACGUGCGCGGCGUCCCAGUUCAACGGGUUCGAAAUCAGCAAGGUUGUGUACACGACCGGUGCGGGUGCGGGUGCAGCGGAGGUGCGCGAGGCUCUCCGGGCGUUCCAGGGUUGA